CAAAGGAUUCUGGGGUACGGCGUAUUCUGCUAAAACUUGCGGUUCGAGACUCCACGCUACCGUCGCUUCAUGCUAAUGGUUCAUGCACACACGCUUGGUUUUUUACUGUGCAGCUUUGUUGAAAAACCAUGAUGUAAGCACCGCUGGGCAGUUCCGACAGGCUAUACCCCUGUCCUGGAAUUGGAAGCUGUGAACUGCAAGCUUCCAAGGUGCCGAAAACUUCGUUGCCCUGUAAUUUUCCUCGAUCUGGUGGUCUGAACAUUUGAAUCUGCGCCGCGUCGCUGCCGACCACAUCGCAGCAAAGAUUCUGCGCAAGCGCUGCUGUUGUCACGUGCAAGCCACGGCCACAGCUGGGACGGUGCCCUUCACUUCGGCAACAGCGGCGGAGCGCAUCGCACGCAGCCCGCUGAAUCCUUGUUUUUCUACUGUCACAGCUGCAAGUCUUGCAAACACACGACUACAAAACGGACUCGUGAUGAUGCGUCUGCUGCCAUUUCAAAGAAGACAAAGGCUGGCUUAACGAAAUUCGCGUACGGAAAUUUGGACCUCACAAUGGAAGACGAGAAGCUGCCCCCGUAUGUUCAAUAUCAUGCCAGUGAUGCUUCGGUCACGUUUGCCGAUGGAGAGUCAACGUCGUUAAAGACACCACCGAAAAGAGGAUGGAAGUCUAGGUGCACAGCGAUGGGAUUGUUGAAAGUUGCUGUUGCAGUUCUCCUGAUCACAACAGUUGUUUUCCUGUCGUUAUUCUUUCUUCAACGAGGACAGCCCACUCCGAAUGCAGAGUACCUAAAAUUUACUGCACUACCCGAAGUGGCCAAUUUCACCUUAGUAGCGGCUGAUAAUCACUAUAUCACCCUGGCAUGGGAUCAACCUCGGAGGAGCAUUGACUACUACUUGCUUGACGUCACUGGUGGGACUGGUUAUGAAAAUGACAGUCUUCAGAAACAACGUGCGGGAACCUGUAGCAAUGGCACCUUCAUUCGCGCUGAACAGACACAAGUCACCUGUGGCCCUUUCGACGCCUGCUCGAACCUUAGUGUGACUAUUCGCACGCACACAACAGGACCACCAGAGCGUACAUCAAUGGGUACCACCUUUAAGGAACUUUUAAUCAGGGCUCAGGAGCCAAGUGAGCCCAAGAGCAUCACCAUGGUCGCCAAGUCCCCAUCCAUGACGAGACUGCUAUGGGAACCACCAAAACGCAUACAUGGCCUAGUGGACGUGUACACAGUUAAAGUGUGCGAGACGUUUUCAGAAUGUGACCAAAAGCAGAACAUGAGUGACUGCAUUGAGCACGAGGUUUCGGACACCUGGCUGGACUUUGACAGCAAAGAAGACACCCCGUACUGCGUCCUGAUGUACAGUUAGUGCACGAUGUGGCGGCAAAGUCCUCACUAGCCUUCCAGCGGUGCAAGAAGUGAGAACGCCUCUUUUCUCACUCCCCGACGUGUCCAACCUGAGACUAAUCAGUGCCAAAAGUGGCCAUAUUACCUUAUCCUGGCAGCGGCCCAAAGGUCGUUUCGACUACUAUUCGGUGGAAGUCACUGAAGACAAGCUUAGCAGC